UUCGCUCACUUAUUUUUUUGGCAACAUUUCUUCUCUCUUAAAGCUAAUGAAUCUCAGAAGUGAAUUAUUAUCUUCUCUCCCCAAAACAAGUUUAGCCCUUGGAUCGCAGUCUCGUUGGAUUACACUUGCAGUCAUGUUAAGCGGGAACAGUAUGGCUGCAACUGUGUGAUUCAGUUCCCUUCCGAGUCCUCCACAGUCUCCGCGCCGACUGGCCGGCGGACGGAAACUCCUCCGCCUCCUUCAAGGAUCCGACGAUUUUACCUCUCCAACCAUCGGAUCUCCAGCCAAUUACCUACAAUUUGUGAAAUAUUCCGAGGACAUUUCUUUGAAUCGGUAAGGGCUUUUUAGUUAUUUGGAGCAGUCGGCACAGACAUUCAUAGUGAGCGGAAUCCCACUCACAGCGCCGUUAAGGGCCUUUGACUCCUCACUGCUCUCUCUCUUUCCUCUCUGCCCGGUGUUCUCGACUGGUUCAUCUCGCGAGGCCUGGCCGAUCUGCAUUCCUCCUGGCGUCUAGUGACUCUCUGAAUCUGGGUUUGGUAGGGUCUGCGAGAUCGGACUGAGGGAAUUUCUUGGUCCGUAUCGUGGGGGCCCGGCUGCGGCGAUGGAGUCCCUACGGUCCAGAUCGGUGACGUUUCUUCCCAUCCUCUUCCUCGUCCUCGCGCUCGCCCUUGCAGCUACGGUUAGCGGCUCCAUCCACACGUACGAUCGGGAGAGCUUCAGGGAGAACGGGAACGCUUACCUACUGCCCGGGGGUAGCGAAGGGAUCGUUGCCGCAGGCGAGAGCCGAUCCUUCAGUGGCAAAUCUUAUAUCAAGUUUGAGAACAUUACUUUCUGGAGGACAGCUGAAGCUGCUUCCUACUAUACGAGUAUGGAGCACAGCACAGGAUUGGUCCAAGCUAUUAUUUUUGAGGCUUCUGAUCGUGACAAUAUUGGAGGUUCUGCUUAUGGUGGACAGAGGUCGUUAUGUUGCACGGCAGAUCUUGCAAAGCUUGAAGGUUGUAGACAAGGUGAAGUUUUGCGGCGUCCUUCUUCCGGAGAUAUCAACUGGCCCUAUGUGCUAAAUACACAAUUCAGUGGAGAUGACUUAUCUGUGGAUUUAGUACCAGAGGAAGUCCCCAUAACAAAGACUGGAAUGUAUAAUUUGUUCUUUAUUUUUUGUGAUCCAAGAUUAAAGGGGUUAACAAUGAGCGGGAAAACGGUGUGGAGAAACCCAACAGGUUAUCUGCCUGGAAGGAUGGCUUCACUGAUGACAUUCUACAUCUUCAUGUCACUGGCAUAUUUACUGCUUGGUCUCAUUUGGUUUUCCCAGUAUGUGAGAUUCUGGAGGGAGAUUCUGCAGCUUCAGAACUGUAUCACGCUUGUCAUUGUUCUUGGACUAUUUGAGAUGACAUUGUGGUACUUUGAGUAUGCAAAUUUCAACACUACUGGUGUAAGACCUGUUGGUAUUACAGCUUGGGUCGUAACUAUUGGAGCUAUCAGGAAAACUGUUUCUCGCAUUUUAAUACUUUGUGUUUCUAUGGGUUAUGGUGUUGUAAGGCCAACACUUGGUGGUCUCACAUCCAAGGUGCUUCUCCUGGGUUUUACAUAUUUCCUGGCCAAUGAAUUAUUGGAUAUCUCAGAGAACGUCGGAAGCAUCAAUGAUAUUUCAGGGAAAGCAAGACUUUUCCUUGUUCUCCCUGAUGCCUUUUUGGAUGCAUUCUUGAUAUUGUGGAUCUUUACAUCUCUGUCCAAAACACUUGAAAAACUGCAGGCAAGGAAAAGUUCAGUCAAGUUGGAAACUUACAGGAAGUUUGCUAAUGCAUUAACGGUUGCUGUAGUGGCUUCUGUUGCUUGGAUUGCAUACGAGGUUUAUUUCAAAGCGACCGACCCCUUCAGUGAACGAUGGCAGAGUGCAUGGAUCAUCACUGCAUUUUGGGAUGUUCUUGCAUUUGUGGUGCUCUGUGUUAUCUGCUACCUGUGGGCUCCAUCCCAGAACUCAAAGAGGUAUGCGUACUCGGAUGAGGCUGGAGAAGAGGCGGAUGAUGAGGAAACGGUAUCUUUGACGAAAGUAGUUACCGAGGGCGACAUCAGUCUAGCCAAGCGUGACACCGAUAAACAUUCAUCUCAUGCAGAUGGUUUCAGUCAUGAUGAUGACGUGGAGGAAGACAAGAGGGAGUGAGUGACUGACUGCUUGACACGAGUUCUGCAGAUCUGCGCUGAGUUUUGCAGUUUGAGAGUACAUGGACAAUGUUUGCAGGCUUGCAGCGACAGGUCUAUGUAUCCUCUAUAUGGCAGUGGGGCAUGACAUUAUACAAGGCCCGACUUGGGUAAAAUAUGAUAGGUUGUCUUUGGUGUAUUCAUAUUCAUUGACAAAUGUGCCGUACAAAGGAAAAAUUCAAUUGAUGAGUUUUCAGUGCUCAA